AUGGACAAACUCCAGCUCCUGCAGUUCAUUUGGUUCAGCUCAGCAGCCCCUAUUCUGGCUGGGUACCCAAUUUGGUGGUCAUUGGCCUUAGGACAGCACUACAGCUCGCUUGGCUCACAGCCAAUCCUCUGCGGCUCUAUCCCAGGACUGGUCCCGAAACAGCUGCGUUUCUGCCGAAAUUACAUUGAGAUAAUGCCGAGCGUGGCAGAAGGGGUAAAGCUUGGAAUUCGUGAGUGUCAGCACCAGUUUAGGGGCCGGAGGUGGAACUGCACCACCAUUCAUGAUAGCCUGGCCAUCUUCGGACCUGUGCUGGAAAAAGCUACACGGGAGUCAGCCUUUGUCCAUGCCAUUGCCUCCGCUGGUGUAGCAUUUGUAGUGACUCGUUCUUGUGCUGAGGGCAGCUCCACCAUCUGUGGCUGUGAUUCCCAUCACAAAGGCUCUCCGGGAGAUGGAUGGAAAUGGGGAGGCUGCAGUGAGGAUGCAGACUUUGGGGUGCUGGUGUCACGUGAAUUUGCAGAUGCCAGAGAAAAUCGACCAGAUGCCAGAUCUGCUAUGAACCGACAUAACAAUGAAGCUGGAAGAGGGACCAUUUUGGACCACAUGCACCUCAAGUGUAAGUGCCACGGCCUGUCUGGGAGCUGUGAGGUGAAAACCUGCUGGUGGUCUCAGCCUGACUUUAGAGCUAUUGGCGACUAUCUGAAGGACAAGUACGACAGUGCCUCUGAGAUGUCAGUAGAGAAACACAGAGAGUCGCGAGGCUGGGUGGAAACACUCAGGACCAAGUACUCACUCUUCAAGCCACCCACAGAGAGAGAUCUUGUCUACUAUGAGAACUCCCCCAACUUCUGUGAGCCAAAUUCAGAGACCGGCUCUUUUGGUACACGAGGACGUACCUGCAAUGUGACAUCCCAUGGAAUUGAUGGAUGUGACCUUCUGUGUUGUGGAAGAGGUCACAAUACUCGUACAGAGAAGCGAAAGGAGAAGUGUCACUGCACCUUUCAUUGGUGCUGUUAUGUGAGUUGCCAGGAAUGUGUCCGAAUCUAUGAUGUUCAUACCUGCAAGUGA